CACCAGGAGAACGAGAUGUGAAUGGAUGCAGAGGACCCGCCGCCUUGCAUCGGGAAUGCAGCCCCCCAACCCUCUCCCACCAACGGCAUCCCCGAAGACAACCCCCCCGCCAUGCCAUACACACCCCGGGCCUUCCAUUCGACGUCACCACCACCGAUCGAGCUCCCCCGGAAUCUUCCAACGUCGUCCUCCAAGGCGCUAGUCGACGAUAACGACACCCCUGAAACCUGGAUAGACAUUCGGAUUCGUAAGGCGAAACGGGGCACGGAUUACAAGAUCAAGCCCUAAAUUCCCGGCUGCCACUAGCUCCCGCCCGCGUCCUGCCUGGACCGAAAGCCAAGUUUGCGCAACAAUGGAGGGGCAUAGGGAAACUUUUGUUGCCUUGCCAGAGCGGCCUCGCCGGCAGGUGAAAGAACUUAAGGAACCCUCCUCUUCCCACCGGGGCGCGCUGAAUACCUGCGGUAGGGUAGGUACCAAUUGGGAAGUCCCAUCCCGUUUUCUAUAAUAGUCCGAUGGACCUCUCUCUUCUCUUACAAUUAAUCAUCUUGGACUCUACACUUCAUUCUCGAUCAACACUCAAACUCGCCCGCCCCCAUUGCAGCAAUACCUACCGUCGUGCCGCCGUCGAGCAUUUGGACCUACUACUGCAGGGGAACGGCAGAGGCCAGCCCCAAAGAAACGUCUGCGGUUUGGGAACAAGCGGCCUGUUCCUCAAAAAAGCCACGGCACUGGAACGGCGCCAUUCGAGAAAAGCCUCUCUGUCUGCGCUCCAACAUAAAACGGUCCCUCGCCUUCCACGGCCAAUUCAUUUUCCCUAGAAGACUUCCAUUGUCUUGUCCGAUAUACAAGCUGCAAGUUCAGGGGGUUAAGAAAAGGGUAUUGUCUUACCCACCGGGUUCAGCUCUCCAAAAACCCACCCGAGACCCAACCUACCUUACAGCAGCACCAUCUCACCGGACCCGGCUUCCUGCAUUGCAGCAGGGGAAUCCCGCAUCACCUUUUCCCACCCCCCAACCACCUUACGGUAUCAUCCUAUCGCAUCGCAUCGCCACCAGCAGCAGCACACACGCUCAGCGAACAAACGGUCGCGGAAUUCCCGAUUGCUACACACAAUCUAUCUGCUGGUUCCUCGCAAUCUGGAUCCUGGGAUUCACAGGCCAGGCAGGCUGGCAAAAGCCACUCGCACUGCGACCUACCCUUCUCUGAUCUCUAUCUACACACGCCCACCAACCCGCCGCAUAAACACCGGAGAGGUAUCCGAUCUACCGACCUGAAUCAUUGUCGUAUCUUCCAGGUUCCUUCUUACCACACAGCGUGCCAGCAAAGCCGAGCUGAUGGGGGGCGGAGGAGGAACUGAGGUCGCAAAUGGGGAGGAGGCUGUUGUUUCUGCCACGCACAACAACACCAAUGUUGGAGAUGAUGCAGCACAGCAACAACAACAACCUGCGCUGCAUGUCAUUGUUCUUGGCUCGGGAGGCGGGCCGUUCGAAAAUAAUGUCACCUCGUUCUUAGUACGGUCUGUCUCGUCAAAAUGGGGCAGGAGUUCGGUGGUUGCUUUUGAUGCGGGUGUUCAUCUGGGGGCUAUCGCGAAGAUACUGGAGGACACCCAACCAAUGACGUUGACACAGGAGUCGCUUCCACAUACUCUGACUACCGGUCCUUUUGCCGGACUCGAGAUCAAUAAUGUCAGCCCCAAGGCGAACGCCCUUGAUAUUGUGCAGGACUUGGUCGAGACCUAUGUCAUCAGCCACCCGCACCUGGACCACAUUGCUGGUUUGGUCGUCAACACUGCUGGCAUGCGCCGACCCAAGAGGCUAGCCGGUCUUCCAGUGACGAUAGAGGGGUUCAAGAAACACAUUUUCAACAAUAUCAUCUGGCCAAAUUUGAGCGACGAGAACAACGGCCACGGGCUGAUUACUUACAUGAGGCUGGUGGAGGGUGGCUCUCCAGCUCUCGGGGAGGGGGACACCAGAGGCUAUCUCGAGAUAGGGGAUGGCCUAGCCAUCAAAGUCUUCAGCGUCAGCCACGGCCACUGUGUAGAGAAACACAGCCACCGAGGCAGCACAACCAGCAUGCGACACGGCAGCUUCGACGGCUCUUCCCUCGGCCCGGCGUCGUUCGAUCUCAGAGGUAGCAUGUCCGGCCGCCGCUCCCCCAGCAGGUCAAUAGCCCUAGGCCUCAACCACCCCGGCACGAGCAUCUCCCUCCCCCCAUUCAUCCAGCUCCAACAACAAGAACGCGCCCAAUCAGUCGCCCCCGGCCGAACCUCUUCCCUGUCUGACCGACUCCCCCUCGAGGAAUCCUACUGCGUCUACGACAGCUCGGCCUACUUCUUCCAGCACGUCCCCACCGGAAGGGAAAUCCUCAUGUUUGGCGACGUCGAGCCCGACAGCGAAAGUCUCACGCCCCGCAACCUAUUCGUCUGGCAGAUUGCCGCGCCCAAGAUCGCGGCGGGGAAAUUAACAGCCAUUUUUAUCGAGUGCAGUUAUGACAACUCUGUCACCCGGGACAGGUUAUACGGCCACCUGGCACCGAGAUAUCUCGCCGAAGAAAUGACGGCGCUGGCAAAGGAGGUUUUGGCAGCGAAAAACGCGCCCCCUGCACCACCACCACCGCAGACAUACCCUUCUUCUCGAAGACCAAGCCAUGCUUCCGUCAUGCCUAAAUCCCGAAGGGCAAGCCACGCGGAGAAUGUGCUCUAUCCUCAGAGCAGAAGAGGUAGCAUAACCAGUGCCCCGGCCGCCGACAACAAAAAACGGAAGAGGGAAGCCGGUGGUGUUUCGGGAUUGGAAGAUGGGGCGAGCAUACAGCUGUCCAAAAGAAAAAGUACACCCCAGCCGCAGGUCAAAACGGAGGGGACGGGGGCGGGGAAUACAAAGCAGCCGGAAAAGGAGGACCAUCCCAUAUCACCGAGGACGGUGCAGCCUAAUCGUCGGGCUGUAGAUGGCACCGUUCCACAAGAUUACUUUUUGCAGGGUGGGAAUAAUCAGGGGGGUGGAAACCAACCACCUACACCGCACCUGGCGACCCCAACGGGGGAGUUGAGCUUGUCGGACGUCGAACCUGCUGGUGUCCGACCCCCCCAGGAGGAUGUCAACAUGCAGGAGGGCCCGGCGACGCCGCUGAGCAACGACCCCCAUGCUACACUGGCCGAGUCGGUAGAAGGAGAUGGCGACGACGAGAACCAAGACAAGGAGAUGAUGGAAGAGGAGAAUGAGCUGAGAGGGCUGUUGAGGGGGUUGAAGGUGGUGAUUAUACAUGUCAAGGACAAGUUAGGGGAGGACGGGGUGGAGGCGAGGGAGGUUAUACAAGAGGAACUGAGGGAGGUGGAGAGGGGGUUGGGGUUGGGGUGUGAGUUUGUUGUCUGUAGGCAGGGGGAUAGUUUGUUUUUAUAGGUAUGAUGUGAUGAUAUGUAUGAGGGAUGAAUGGUACUGAUGGGUAUGAUUGUAAUGGCAAAUCAUGAUGGAAUUUUGCAAACGUAAAGAUGUAUUACGGGAUAUGUGGUGAUGAUCCGGGUGAGCGGGGGAUCAUCACUGUGUCUGCUUGCGCUUCCCUCCUCUUGGCAAAUUUUACAUGAUACCCAUUCUUCAUUGGGUUUUGGAGGUUUCAAUCGGGAGGGGAGGAGGGUAGGUUACUUUGUGCAAUAUUGUACAACAUUGUUUCCAACAUGUCUUUCCACGUUAUAAUGCAAAAUGGGAUUGAAGUAAAUAUAAAUAAUAUACUAGGUAUAUAUAAAUAAAGUAGGUAGGCACUAAAUAUCCAAAGGUAACCAACCUCUUCCCCCC